AUUUCAUAAGGUACGGGUGGGUGUUCUCUUCUAUCGCUGUCAAUCAGUCACAGACUAAAUUUGAUGUCAAGUUUUUUUUUUCUUUUCCCAGGUUUACCUUAUAUUAUGUUGGCAGAUAUGGAAACGAUGACUUAUGUGACGGAAGUCCGGCUCGCUGGCGGACGUGGAUUCUGGAACGUAGCGGCACCCUCUUCCUGCCCCGAGGUGGACCUGGAGGUAAUUGAGGAAUAUCUACAGGAACAUUCGCUGGAGGUCCAGCCUGCACACGGAUGCACGUCACGUCUAACCGACGAGAUGCAACAUGCGGACUCCCAUCACGGCACCGGGAUCCCAGGACUAGACAAUAACUGGUGUGGUCAGUAUGCCGAGGAAUGGCACUGCGGCGGGAAUACGGAAUACGACCCAACCUGGCUCUGUUCCCAUCCGAACCAGUGGAAUAACGGCACAUAUUCCAAAUGCAUUGACUUGGAUUCCCAGUGCCAGGAAUACCACGAUGCCGCUUCCCCAUCCUCUUCUAGUGAAAACCGACCCAACAAGGACUUACUUCUUGCUCCGAUGUCAGGAAAACGUAAGGAGCGUUUGUUCCAGUUCCUGUUUGAGAUGCUCCAAACCCCGUUGAUGCGAAGCUGCAUCUGGUGGGUGCAGUCCUCCUCGGGCACCUUUCAGUUCUCCUCCCAAAACAAAGAGCACCUGGCGGAGAUAUGGGGGCGCCGUAAGGGGAACCGUAAGACGAUGACGUAUCAGAAAAUGGCGCGGGCGCUGAGGAAUUACUCGCGCACGGGCGAGAUCCAGAAGGUGAAAAGGAAACUGACAUAUCGUUUUGAUGAGAAGACGCUAAGAGGCUUACAAGGAGACUCAAACGCAAUGUAGGAAGCAGGAUGGAGUCACGUGACUGGAAAUGACCUUUCAAAAUAAACUUGUAAAGUUUAUUUUAUAGUGGCAAUUAGUUGCCAUUAGCUGCGAAGAUGUUUUUUAACCAAUUAUGUUCAAAUUUUUGAAUUUUUUUAACAGAAAAAAAACAAAUACUGAGUAUUUUAGAGACAAAUAAAGUCAGGUACAAAUGUAAAUCUGAUAGAUUGUUGCCAGAUCUACUUUAUAAGUGGAACUUCUUUUAAUCUGAUAUGUUUUGUGUUUGCGUGUGCAGCUUUUGACCCAAUUUUUGUAUUUAAAAUGUUGUCACAAGAUCUAUGUGUGUGCCUAAUAUUUUUUUUUUUGGUAAUAAG